CAGACAGCGCUCUGCAGCGCAACAGCUCAAACAUCUCUCUCAGGCUUGUUCUCUCCCCCCUCUCCCUCUCUCUCUCUCUCUCUCGGACUGUCACGAUGCUGCUCCGAUGUAUAACCGUGGACAUGCUGAUUGUGAACUGGUGAUCAGACACUGAUGGAAUCAGAUCCACACCCCUUCAAUCUCAACACUAAUCGUCUCCAUGGAGCUCAUCCAAGCCACACAGGUUACCUUGCUCCCUCAGGAAGCCCAUACAGCUACCUGGAGCAACAACUCCAGUACCCCUUACUCCCAUUUCCUGCUCCUCUCCACUCCGUCUGAACCACUUCUAGACAUCACAGAGAGUGUUGGCUCUUUACUUUUAAACAGCACCUGCCAAAACUGCACCAAUCCUAAACCAGAGUCCCUUCCUGGCGUGGCAGGAAUCUUCAUCCCUCUCAUCUACGGGAUAGUGUGCGUAGUUGGCCUUGUUGGAAACACUCUGGUCAUCCAUGUGAUUGUUAACUACACCAAGAAUGAGUCAGUCACCAACAUCUACAUCCUGAACUUAGCCAUUGCGGACGAGCUCUUCAUGCUGGGCCUGCCCUUCUUAGCGGUGCAGAACGCUCUCCUCUCUUGGCCCUUUGGUUCCCUGAUGUGCCGUGUGGUCAUGACCGUAGACGCCAUCAACCAGUUCACCAGCAUCUUCUGCCUGACUGUGAUGUCAGUGGAUCGCUACCUGGCCGUGGUGCACCCAAUCCGCUCCUUCUGGUGGCGGCGCCCCCGAGUGGCCAAAGCCAUCAGUGCCACGGUUUGGGCGGGUUCCUUUGUGGUGGUGCUGCCUGUGGUGGUGUUUGCCAAUGUGCUGAAGGAUGAUGGGAACUGCAGCAUCGUGUGGCCUGAGCCAGCAGAAGUUUGGAAGACAUCUUUUAUUGUGUACACCUGCAUUGUGGGUUUCUUCUGCCCCCUGCUGGUCAUCUGCUUGUGCUACCUGCUGAUCGUCAUAAAGGUGCGCAGUGUUGGAAAACGAGCGCAGGCGACGUCCUCCAGGCGCAGGAAGUCAGAGCGUAAAAUCACCAGGAUGGUGGUUGUGGUGGUGGCAGUGUUUGUCCUUUGCUGGCUGCCUUUCUAUGCACUGAACAUCGUCAACCUCCUGGUUGUCCUACCCGGGGACUUCAGAGGGCUCUACUUUUUUGUUGUUGUGCUGUCUUAUGCGAACAGCUGUGCCAACCCAAUACUGUACGGGUUCCUGUCAGACAACUUCAAGAGGGGCUUCAGGAAGGCUCUGUGCGGGGCUUCACGUCGGGUAAAGAUCAACGACAGGGCCGGUACUGAGCCGCAGAGGCCAACGGAGGAGUGGGGCGGCAUUGCUCUUCAAGAGCAAAAAAGCAAAGGAGUCAUAAAUAUGCAUGGUGAAGAUAAUAUUGACAAAGGAGAUGAGGGAGGAACCAGUGGAACUGAAGGGGCCAGGCAGAUGAGGGAAGCAUGCAAAGCGACACAGAAUGGAAACCACAGUGGAGUAACCGAGGGUUCAAGGACACAGGCUGUGCAAAGAGCCAAGCCUGAGCCGGAACACUCCGGUCAGACCGUCAAAUAUGGAGACCCGGCUGAUGAAAGGCUAGACUUUGAUCCUGCAGAGGCAGAGUCCUCUUUGGCAAGCAAAAACAAAAACAGCAAGUCACAACCUGAGGAAUCCCUGGCCCAAAACUCUGUGCUGGAGAUAAGUUAUCUGUAACACAUGAUGAAAUAUGUGCACCUUAUUUUCUUGGAUGUCAUAUAAAGUGUAUUAUGUAAAGAGAUAUCGCUGUAAUUAGUAUAAACUGUGGAGUACAGUUGACUGUUGAGUACUAGGUCAUGUGUGCUGGCUGUUUCACAAUGUGCAAAUCUUUGAAGUUGCAGUCAGAUCCUUUUUCCCUUUGCUGAAAAGCUAACAUGCAUUAUGUAAGCAUCUUCAGAGAGAAACACAAGUGUCAGAAUGAAAAAUGGAGUUCAUUUGAAAAAGUAUUAAAGCUGGCGUGUUAAUAAGCAUGAUAAAGCCGAUGGAAGAACAAAUUAAAAUACAUAGAUCACUUUGAAAAACACAGCCUUGGAAAAUGCCUGAAAGUAUUAUUUGUCAGAGGCUGGAGAGAUGACCUCACUUAAUCUUACUCCAGCUUUCUGUCUUGUUCUUGAAACUAUUUCACCAAUCUUUAAGUUCCAGAGCCUUAAACGGACAAAAGCUCAUGAUGGUCAUGAUCUGGAGAUAUCCAGACUAUACUUGUCUUUUGUACCAGGAUGUAAACAUGUUUAUUUCUGCUGUAAAGAUUUUUUGAAUUUGUGUGUAUGUGGUAUCCGGUACUUCUGGAGUCAGCCUCAAGUGGACACUCGAUGAACUGCAGUUUUUAACACUUCUGCAUUGGCUUCAAUUCUCGGGGCCGGAGAUUGCCACUUGGUGUUAAUGUGAUUUGAUUUAUUUAAAAAAUACUGGAAGUUACAGUGUCUGCUCCAUGACCCAGUCACAAAAUUUGUUUUUGCUUUCGGUCCCUGGAGUGUGUCUUGAAAUGGAAAAAAAAGAGUUUCAGAUACUCAGCUCCUGC